CUUCAAUAUUCUAGCAUUCGAUUAUUAUCAGUAUCCGCCAUGUUUCGCAUAUCACGGACUAUACUCAAUGUAGAUGCAAAUGCACUUGCACUAGUGGCUAGGGUACGAAGGGCUACCAUAGGACGCAGUACUAUAUGUGCAUUGCAGUCACAACAGGGUCACAGAAGCAUAUACACUACAGCAACUACGCUACAUUCAGGGAAUAGUGACAGUAAAGUGCAUAUGGCGAAUAGAUUAUCGCUGGUGCCCUCUUUAUGUAAGAACAUCAGAUUGUAUUCGAACGCAGUGGAGUCGGCGGAGGAGGAAAUCAUAAUAAGUGAAAGCGCGGCUAAGCGCUUAAAUCUGCUACAAGAAGAUGAUAAGGAUUUGAUAUUGCGAGUGGAAGUAGACGGUGGUGGUUGCCAAGGAUUCCAAUAUAAUCUCAAGCUGGAGACGAUGGCCGACAUAGAUCCGGAGGAGGAUAGGGUAUACAAGCGCGACGGUGCUACUGUUGUGGUAGACGAAUCGUCUCUCGAAACUCUGAAGGGAUCUACCAUAGAUUAUAAAUCGAGUCUUAUCGGAUCUGCUUUCUGUGUGGGAGAGAAUCCUCUGGCCGACGCCACCUGUGGGUGCAAUCGAUCGUUCAAUAUUAAGUAAAUUUUCCUGAUACACUAGUACGUGUACUUGAGUCAUCAAGAUGUGGGAAUUCAUUGUCGGAAGGCGGUGAACGGUAGGAAGGUAUCUCUGGGCUAUUUGGACGAUCCAACACCUAAGAGCUAAAUGACUGGUGGUGUAUGAGAACCAUCGUUAUUAUCUUCAUGAGCCGUGUAUGUGGCAUGCAAGGUGAAAUUGAUAUUGUUCGGAAUUCAGUAGUGAUUGUCGAAUUUGUGUCUUGAAACGGCGCCCGGUGUCUGGAAAUGGCUUCUAGCUGCGGCAUGCGGUGUAUACGCUCACAGCACGUGUACAAAAACUACCAGACUUCUACCAGAGACAAUCGAUUUUCGGUGGAGCAUAGUCCAGCAGAGUCAUAGAAUCAACGCUAUACUGGAUUUGUAUAUCACGGGCUAACAUACGAUGCUGCGAAUUUUUCGAUCAUCACUCGUCAGCGAUUUGAGUAUAUUAUUUGAAUUACGUUCUAAGCUGAUGUUGAAAAUGGCGAAACGACACUCCCUUCAGAGACGUACGCGUUGUAGAAAGUUGCGAGAGAUACUCCUUUAAACUCUCAUCUCAGUCAAAUUUCGUUAAUUAUUAAGGACGUGUCGUUAAUCUUCAAGUUUGUUCAGGAUCCCAAGGACAUACCUGGUCUUGAAAUAUCUGGUUUAAUAUGCAUGUUGCAAAUAAAGCACUUGUCUUUAGCAACGCUGUUAACCACACCUUUAAAACUUCUGAGUCGUGUUGCCUAUAAUAAUCUUCAAGUUUGUUCGGGGAUAAUCCCAAAGACAUACCUGGUUUUGUCAUAUCUGG